AUGAACGAGCUUAAAUCAGAAGAUAUACAAGAAGCUUUAAAGGAGCAAGAACAAAGUAGCUCUAAAAACUUAUUAGUACCUUGUCUAGAAAAUAGUAUAACUAGUAUAGUGACUAUGGAGAAAAAGCUAGUAGAUCUAGUAUAA